UAGUUUGUACGAGGAAAAAAUCUCUUAAACCAGAGGAGGAUAUUUACUAGGAUGCUGACACUGAAAGAAAAACUCUAGAACACUCCGAUAUUAACUAUGACUAAUUAAAUUUCCUAGUCUCUAUUGGAUGAACGACUUUUGAUCUAUAUUCUGGUCUUCAGUUCUGUGUCUAGCAGCUACGUUUUCCAUGAGAAGAACGCUCAUGCAGAUUUUCGCCGCCAAUUGUUGAUACCAGAGGAAGCAUUCCAACGUGAACUGAACUUGACUUUAGGGACAAGGGAAAGAAACCUCCUCUUCCUGUUCUAAGCCUCUUCAACUUCACAUGAUCCACCAAUCUUUAUUUCCGCCCCUGCCUGCGGGGACAGAAAACCUCAUUUCUCUCCAUAGUCAACUAGGGAGGAAAUUUAAAGAUUGUAAUAGCAACCGAUAAUUAGAGGCUAUCGAGAAAAAUCUCCGGCCUACAUAACUGGGCUUUCUAGGAUUCUUCGGCUUGAAGCAGACAGACGCAGCAGGUCAAGCAUGAAAGCUGAGGAUGAGAAAUUGAUGAAUAUUUUCUGGCUCAGGCCUGCUUUUCAGAAAAACUCAUGGAGAGCAGGAGGAUGGUGCUCGUCGUCAAGCAAGACUUUGGCGUUGACAACCACUGUGCUUGUGCUCUUGAUCGUAUUAGUCGUUUCAUCCUUAGCUUUCGCGGGUUGGAUUGAUCUAGGUAAAUAUUCUGGAAUUUCCUAUGAAAAUGCCCUGAAUUUGUUUGUCAGGACGCCCAGUUCUCCUCCUACUCUGCCACCGCCUCUGCCUCCGCCUCCUCCUCCGCCUCCUCUGGAGUUUCCUCUCAACUGCACUGCAUGGAAGCAGAACAAGACAUGCCCAAACAAUUAUCCCAUCAACUAUGAACCCACGAAUCUCGACCCUUCAUCGAACACGACGUGCCCUGAUUAUUUUCGAUGGAUUCACGAAGAUUUAAGGCACUGGAAAGGGACGGGGAUCACAAGGGAGAUGUUGGAGGGAGCAAGAAGGCAUGCUCACUUCAGGCUGGUGAUCCUGGACGGGAAGGUCUAUGCAGAGAAGUACAGGGAAUCAAUCCAGACCAGAGCUUUGUUCACCAUGUGGGGGAUCGUACAACUCGCGAGAUGGUACCCUGGAAGAUUGCCUGAUCUCGAGCUGUUGUUUGACUGCAAUGAUCGGCCGGUAAUUCCAUCAAAGGCCUUUCGUGGACCCAACGCUGGUCCUCCACCUUUGUUCCGGUAUUGUUCGGAUUGGUCGAAUUUGGAUAUUGUCUUCCCAGAUUGGUCAUUUUGGGGCUGGGCUGAGACGCACAUAAGGCCAUGGAGAAGUUUGUUGAAGGACAUAAGAGAAGGCAACAAGAGGAUCAAGUGGAAGGAUAGGGUACCCUAUGCGUAUUGGAAAGGGAACCCUCAUGUGGCUCCAUGGAGGGGUGACCUCAUGAGAUGUAACGUUACAGAAAAGGAAGAUUGGAAUGCUCGUCUGUAUGUCCAGGACUGGAUCAAAGAAGGACAAACGGGAUAUAACCAAUCAAAUCUUGAAGACCAAUGCACUCACAGGUGA